CAUUAAGGGCUUGACUUCGUUGCUUUCGACAUCCAAUCUGAAAAGCCACAAGAUCGAAAGUGUUUAGAUAAAGUCCCUUUUCUUACCUGUUGCUUGUUCUUUCACAUAACCCAGCAUGCCUUCUCGCUGCGAAAUUUGCUGUGAGCUCCUGAUCGCGGUUUUGCUCCCUCCCCUGGGGGUUUGCUUAAGGCAUGGUUGUUGCAGCGUGGAGUUCUGCAUUUGUCUGCUGUUGACGAUUCUGGGAUACGUACCUGGGAUAAUAUAUGCUCUCUACGCCAUUGUUUUUGUGGAUCGGGAUGAGUACUUCGAUGAGUACAGGCGUCCUCUCUAUUAUUCCAGUGCCUAGCCUGGCCUUUCUUUAAUGAUCUCUCUAUGCUGUAAUAUGAUGAUGUUUAAACUCCUUACUUUUGUGUUUUGACUUGAUAUUGAUGUGUUGCAACUCUUUAAUUGAUCUUGAUGUUUUUGCUAUUAUGAUGGUCCUUUGGUCUUGGUUGGAUUCA